CCAUCCAGCUAGCUAUCGCAGAUCGAGCGAACCUUGAACACAAGCGCCAUCUUAUUCCUCUCCGCUCUCGGCCGCAGCCAGCUGCGAGCGUGCGAAGACUCUCUCGAGGUCGGCCACACACGCUCCGGCCAACUCCUCGCCGGCGCCUGGCUACGCCAAUCGAGGCCGAAGAGAUUGUACUGUUCGUAGCGGAGGCUAGCUAGCUGUUGACUAUGUCGAGCAGAAGGUCGUCGCGUGGCUCCAUCUCAGAGGAGGAGAUCAACGAGCUCAUCUCCAAGCUCCAGUCGCUGCUCCCCAACUCUCGCCGACGCGGCUCCAGCCAGGCGUCGACGACGAAGCUGCUGAAGGAGACGUGCAACUACAUCAAGAGUCUCCACCGGGAGGUGGACGACCUCAGCGACCGGCUGUCCGACCUCAUGUCCACCAUGGAUCACAACAGCCCGGGCGCGGAGAUCAUCCGCAGCAUCCUCCGCUCCUGAUCGGCAAGCAGCAGCAGAGCCGGCCGGCCGGCCUAUGUAGACGACGAGCUAUAGGCCAGGGCGCCAGGCAACGUCGCGGCGUCAAUUAAUCAAGCGUACGUCCGGCCGGCGCCAUUCUCCGGCCACCAGAGAGCGUUUAGCUAGGGUAUAUAUACCAUAUAAAUAUAUUUAUGUAUCUCCACGUACCCUCCCAAAUGUACUACGAGCCACUCGAUCCCACGCUUACACACGCGUGUAUCUCUCGAUCCCUCUAAGCUUCACUCGAAGUAGGGCAUUAGCACUUAAUUAGGGGCCUAAGCUGAGGCUUAUCCUCGCUUUAGCUCUCGUCUUCAUCGCUUGAUGUGUCCUCUCCCUCUCCCUCUCCCUGAUUCCCCCACAUCUUGUCUUGUUUGGUUUCUCUCCCUCCCCCUCUUCCAAUCUCUGUAAAUUUAGCUGGUGUGGUUUGGAUCGAGUUGUGUCCUCUACAUAGACAACCGACCGACCACUACUACCUAGUGGAAAUUAAUAUCAUCAUGGGUGUACUGCUCCAGCUUUAACUUCAAUUCAGUUGGCUACGUACUACGAGAAACAAUACUGUUAUAUUUUUCACGCAUAUGAUUAAGAUAUGUAUGGGAGUUUCCGCAGGAAGAUUGA